AUGAUUGCGACGCCAGCCAAGUUCCCAGAACCAAAGGGCAAGGCAAAGGCAAAAGCUCAAAACAAAAAGCCUGAGGAGAAACCGGAGGAACCAGAAGAAACCAAGAAGUCCAAGAAAAAGAAGAGAGAAGAUGAAGAAACCAAGGACGUAGAAGAAGCCAAGAAGCAGAAGAAGAAGACAAAGAAGGUGGAAAAUGAGGAAUUGGAGGAACCAGAGAAAUCCCAGAAGAAGAAGACGAAGAAGAAAGACAAUGAGGAAUUGGAGGAACCAGAGAAACCCCAGAAGAGGAAGACGAAGAAGGCUGAGGAUGAUGAAGCAGAAGACACCAAGAAGUCCCAGAAGAAAAAAAAGACAAAGGGGGCAGAUGAGGAAUUGGAGGAACCAGAAGCCAAGAAACACCAGAAGAAGACGAAGAAGGCAGAGGAAGAGGAAGAAGCCAAUACCCGGAAGAAAAAGAAGACAAAGGGGGCAGCAGAUGAGGAAUUGGAGACGAAGACAAAGAAGGCAAAAGAUGUGGAACCAGCCAAGAAGCCCAAGAAGAACAAAACGGCAGAGAAGAAUAAGAAAAAAGAGGAAGCAGAGGAGGAAGCACAGGAGGAAGCAGAGGAGGAAGCAGAGGAGGAAGCACAGGAGGAAGUGGAGGAGGAAGCAGAGAAAGAAGCACAGGAGGAAGUGCAGGAGGAAGCACAGGAGGAAGCAGAGGAGAAGCACACAGAGGCAAAGGAUGAACACAUGAAAGACGAGCUGAAACAGGAGUCUUCUUCAGAGGUGAUGACCUCACCUGCUGGAGUGCCGCCUGUGCGAUCACCUCCUUCGGAUGUCUUCACACUUCUUGAAGGGCAAGCUCAAAUGAUGGCCCAGGCAGCAGCUACAGUCUUUACAAACUUGUCACAGGAGGCCUCGCAAACAGAGUCUCAACUUUUUGCAGGGUUGGGUGGAUCUGCGAGCGAAGUGGCUACUCAGAAGCUUCAGGAGGAGAUGGUUCGCGCGAUCACGGCUGCGUUGACCAACGUCUUGCCAGUGAACCAGGCAGUAGAUAUUUCAAAGUCAAAGGCACCGCAGUUCACCAGUAUGCUGGCUUUGCCGGCUCCAUUUGCUGACACUCAGAUCGACCCUGAAUCCAAUGAGAAGGAACAGCCGGAAAAGGAGCAGGAGCAGAAGCCAGAUGAAGUCCUGCCAGCUGAAGCUCCUGAACCCGCUCCUUCUGCUCCUUCCCAGGUUUCAGCUUUGUCUCCGAGUGGAUUGGCUGCGGCAGAAACCAAUGCGGCUUCCAAAGAACUUCAAGAUGCAUGUAAGCCACUUCCAGAAGAAUCAGAGUUGUUUGAUCGAGAAACAGAACCUGGAGAAGUAGCAUACACCAACAAGGCGCAGAUCAAGGGUAUGAAAGAAGGCUGGGUGGUCAAACUCUCGAUUUUUCUUGAUUGGCGUUUGUGGUUCCAAGAGUUUUGUCAAUCCUCCAUCCUUUCCCCUGUGGCAGAUGAGAUCCUGGAAUUGCUGAAGGCUGGCAAGAUUCCGUAUGAGUGGAUCAACACCAGCAACUGUCGGAAGGCAGCCAUGAAAAUGAACCGUUGGUGUGAAGAUCAUGGGGACGCGGAAACCGUACCGAAUGUCAUGAAGAUGUUCAACGGCUCUCACACAGAAAGGCUGAAGCUCCUUCGGAAUUGGAUUGCUUCGGGUGGUGUUGCAGAGAAGGUGGAAACUACGCUUACUGUCACCAAGGAGCAGAUGCAGCAGGGCAAGGAGAAAGAGAAGCUGCUCACUAUCCAGGGCAUGAAAGACCAUGGGUUCUCAGAGGCGAAGAUCAAGCACAUCUGUCAGACCUUCACUCCGGUCCUCGACCCUGACUGCCCGCAUCUUUUGGAAGAGACCAAAUGGUGGUGCAAUGUCGAGCAGGAAAGGACAAGGACUUCCACCAACAAGCAAUGUUUGUCUGGUGAAGUUCGCGUGAAGACCGAUGGAGGUGUGAUCAAUGCCCUUACCAACGAGCCGGCUUCGAAUGGCCAAGCCCCUCCCAGCGCUUUCAAUGUCCGGGGCCUUUUGGAUGAUUCUUUCAAACCGAAAGCCGUGCGUGCAGAGCCUCAAGAGGAGGAUCCUAAGCCAAAGACGAAGCCAAGGAAGCCUCAAAGGACAAAGAAGGGCACCAGCACCAAGGUUUGUGAACCCAAGAAGCGGUCAGAGAUGCUGAAGGAUGCUUGCUCCUAG